AUGCGAACGCAUCUACGCAUGUACCAACAGUUUCUCCUAUCAAUUCAGGCAAGGAUGAAAAUAGCCGGCGAGAUCGGUGCUGGUGCGAGUAUUGAUGAGGAUUCUAUUUCUCCUACUUGUGUGUUGUUCGUUUCACGGGGCGGCGGGGCCGAUAGUUCAGGCGCGUAUGAUUCAUUCUUCUACUGA